AAAAAAAAACUUCCACAGCCAGCCGCAUUAAUUUAUUUUAGGUACGUACAUUCAUUACAAUACGUGAAAAAAAAUGGACUAUAAUACCCCCAUCCUUCGCAUGUUUUCUUCAAUUUGAAGCACUGAAAGUCUUUAAAUAAAUGGAAACAAAAAGGCACCUGUCCAAUUUACACCAAAUAUAAACGCUGGUCUCGUGUGUGACGUAGGGACAAAGUUAAAUCUUAGGUUAUCAGUGUCCACAUGAAGGCACCACAAACGCAGAAUUCGCACAUCUUCACUUUUGACAGUUUUAAGAACCCUCGUUUAAAUGUGCCUAUGUGUGUGGAUGAUAGGCCAAACCGUAGAAAAAUUUCUUUUUGCCAAAUACCCUGCUAUAGACUUCAUAAUGGUAUUGAUGGGACAUUGGGCAUGGGCCGAUCCGUCAAAGCUGACCAAGUGAAAACACAGCUUUUUACGUUGAAAAUUCUUGUGAAUAAAUGUGUAAAUCCUUCAAUUCUAUAUAGAUAUGGACGUAAAACAGUCUCGAUUUGAGGUUAAAAGCAAAAAAAAAAACAAAAAAAAACGGGCAGUUAGCAUUUAUUUUAUGUAAAUACUGCAAACUAUGAUGCCAAUGCCGUAGUGGCUAAUUUCUCCCAUUGAUUUUUUUUUUUUUUUUCACGUUUCAAAAUGCAUGCAUGGUACGAAAAAUAUGACCUUGAAUCCUCGAACUAAUCACUCCUGAGACAAUCCUUCCUGUUUGUAUGCGGUACAGCUUUUGAACUUUUAUCCUAAAUCCGUGAAAUCCCUGCAUGUGUCGCUGCGACCGACUGCAAAUACCUGAAGCGGAUUGUGGGAUGGGCCCCCUGCUUGAAGGCGUUGCGCAACGGCUGGCCGAAUUGACCUGUCAAUACAAUUAUGAAGUCUAUGAGCCUGCUACGUGUAGAUAUGCCCUUUUGCCUCAACUGGACUUUAAUUGCGGGGAGUUCCUUAACGCAAAUUUGCUGCUUACUUAGCAGCCGGCAGCAGAAUAAUGGCAACAAAUUGCAAUAUAUAUUUAAAAAAAAAAAAAAGAUGGACAACAAACUAUAGUUCUGUGAACGGUACAGAAAGAACAUAAUAAAAUCAGAACGUUGGAAGUUUCGAAACGGUGGAAGCUAUCAUGUACAUUACUCGGUGCAAUUUUGCUUGUGUUUGUGAAAACAUCUGUUAGGAACCCAAAAACGAAGACCGACAAUUAAAGUUACUAUCAGUUAUCCUCUACCAAAAAUUAGAAUUGCAUAUUUGAUACCAGUAGUAUUGAACACAAAAGUUGGGAAAUUUAUUUUCACAGUAUGUCAUCACUAAUAUUAUUACAAAACCACACCGAUUCAUAAUAGACAACAUUUAGGAUAGACCAGGAGAACACUGAGACACCUGACCCCUAUAGGGUUAUCGUGGGAGGUCAUUGAGUGCUGGGAUGGCAGAUGGGACAAAGCGAGCCCGUCUCCAUCUCAGGGUCCGGUAUCUGCGACCAGAGGGCAGCAAUGUGAGGUGAGAGGAUGGCCCGGGUCGUUGAUUACUGACAGUAUAAGGCGUGUGACUUCUCUGUAGAGCAGAUCUUUGAGGUUGGGUGUGGGGUGUUUAAUUAUCUUGGAUGCAGUGUGACAUAUUUGUGAUCAGUUUGUUCCUGUUGGUGGUGGACAGGAUAUAAAAACGGGGGAAAUUACAGAGAAGGAUGCACCUCUCGAAGGAUGGGUAGGAGAACGCUAUCAAACAGCAGCGACAGGAGAUGGGGGCGGGGCAACAGAAUGUCUGAUACUGUAAUCAUCAAGCGCCGCUUGGUCGCAUAUAUAUGACGAAACACGUUUUCGUUAGCCACACUUUCGACACAGUUACUAUUCGCAUUAAAAAAUUGUAAUGCAAUAUGAUUCGUCAUUGAUUAUCUUGAUAGACUGUUAUAGGUCACAACUCAAUAUAUGACUUUACAAGUGUUUUUCUUAGGUGCGUGGUGAUAGAUAUUUACAUAGUGUCAAAUAUGAAGCUACAAGACCAAAAUGUCGUCUGAUAAUGUGAUCCGAUAGUCCGGCAACGUGUGAUUAAAUGACAAAGCUCAAGUUCACGACGAAGCUAAAGUUAGCAUGCCUUCUGUCAGUCUCAGUCGGUCCAAGAAGCAUCAGUAAACGACGGUUCAACAUCAGGAAGGAUGAUCAUGUUGGCGAGUAAACGUUUGCUCUACUGUUUGAAACAUAGAGGUCCGUGGACGUGUUUGCGCAAGAACGUCACAAAAUGGUCACCUGUUGGGGCAGCUUUCAAUGGCAAACCCCACACCAGACUGGAAAUGUUUGAGAAAAGUGUGGGUUUGUUUGGUGUGCCAGAGCUGAGUUCACCAGCAGGAUUUCAGGUGGCAACACAGACGGCUCUAAAGAACACACAGCUACUGGUUGAAAAGGUCUGUUCCUCUACUCCAGGGGUGGAGACUGUCACAGCUUUUGAUCAGCUCUCAGAUGGCCUUUGCAAAGUGGCAGACCUGGCGGAUUUUGUUAAAGUGGCACAUCCGGAUCCCAAGUAUCGCGAGGCGGCAGAGAAGACCUGCAUUGAUAUAGGCACCGUUGUCGAGAAAUUGAACACCAAUGUGAAGCUAUGCAAGAGUUUAAAAAAACUGCUGGACAACCCAGACCUUUUGGCUCAGUUGGACCCAGAUACAAGGAGAGUCGCAGAGUUAUUCAUGUUUGACUUCGAAAUCAGCGGGAUUCAUCUGGAUGAUAAACUGAGGAAAGAAGCGGUAGCUCUCCACGUAAAGCUUUUGGAUUUAAACAAUGAAUUCCUGGUUGGCUCUCACAUGCCUAACAGAAUCGCAAGAUCUGCUAUUCCCGAACAUCUUCAAUUGCACUUUGCCAGCUCAGGAAGUUUCUUAGAAGUUGGGGGAUUACACGCAGACUCACCGGAUGAUCUGGUACGUGAAAUAGCCUACAGGAUUUACCUAUAUCCUAACGCAGAUCUGAUGGAGUGUCUGGAGGAGCUUUUGAGAUGCAGACACAAGUUGGCCACACUGGUGGGAUAUGAGUCCUAUGGCCACAGAGCAUUAAAGGGAACGAUGGCAACCACACCAGAAACGGUGAUGAGGUUUCUUCAGCUGUUAACAGACCAGCUGUCAGACAGAACAGAAAAGGACUUCAAGAUGAUGAGCAACAUGAAGAAAAAACUUAACCCUCGGAAUUCUGAGCUUAUGCCGUGGGAUCAUCCUUUCCUCAGUGGAGUUUUGCGUGCUGAAAGGUACAACAUUGAACCCAGUCUGUACAGUCCCUACUUUUCUCUCGGGGCCUGCAUGGAAGGUUUGAAUAUCCUCUUCUCUCGGCUUUAUGGUGUUUCCCUCAUGCCUGAGCACCCGAGUGCUGGGGAGGUGUGGAGUGAUGACGUGCGCAAAUUGGCUGUGGUUCAUGAAACAGAGGGGUUACUUGGAUAUAUCUACUGUGACUUUUUCCAACGGCAAGACAAACCUCAUCAGGACUGUCACUUCACCAUCCGUGGUGGUCGGUGGUGCCAGGAAACUGGUACAUAUCAGCUACCUGUUGUGGUUUUGAUGCUGAGCCUGCCCCACCCCACCAGAAGUGCACCUACCUUGCUUUCCCCUGGAAUGAUGGAGAAUCUCUUCCAUGAGAUGGGCCACGCCAUGCAUUCAAUGCUGGGACGCACUCGUUACCAGCAUGUUACUGGAACUAGGUGUGCAACAGAUUUUGCAGAAGUUCCCUCUAUUCUUAUGGAGUACUUUGCCUCCGACUAUCGAGUCGUCAGCCAGUUUGCACGUCAUUAUGAAACUGGACAGCCUCUGCCAGAGAGCAUGGUGACCCGCCUAUGUGAAUCCAAGAAGGUGUGCGGUGCUGCAGACACCCAACUUCAGAUUUUCUAUGCAGCGUUGGACCAGAUUUACCAUGGCAAACCCCAAAAUCACACUACCACUGAAAUCCUGCAGGAGAUGCAGCAAAGGUUCUACGGCUUGCCUUAUACACCUAAUACAGCGUGGCAGCUGAGAUUUAGCCAUCUUAUUGGUUAUGGAGCCAAAUACUAUUCUUACCUCAUGUCCCGAGCGGUGGCCUCCAUGGUGUGGAAGCAGUGCUUCUUCCAGGAUCCUUUAAAUCGGGACAUGGGUGAGCGUUACCGCCGAGAGAUGCUAGCCCAUGGAGGAGCUAAAGAGCCCAUGUUGAUGGUAGAAGGUAUGCUUCAUAGGCGACCCACCAUAGAGGACUUUGUGGAGGCACUGGUGUCAGAGCUACAGCCAAACUUUGAAACAUUCAUCAUGGACUCUGAGAGUUGAAAGGUUUUUUUUUUUUUUUUUUGGGCUUGAAGAAGAAAUUGUAUGAAAUGCAUACCACAUGUGGGGAUACUUUAGGCCUUUUUAACUAACCUUCAAUUAUUAAAGAACUUUUUAUGUUGGAACUUUUU